AUGCAAUACUCUUCAUUUCGUUUACCGCUCUUUAGAAAUAUGUGUAAAGUGGCGAAAUCAACACCGCCUCCUAUAGCAAUUUUCGGUAUUGAAGGACGCUAUGUAAGUGCGCUAUAUAGUGCAGCAUUACAAAUGAAACAAAUGGAGCAAGUAGAAAAACAUUUGCAAGCCUUACAAAAAGAACUGGUGAAGCCAACGAUAAUAGAUUUUAUAGAAUCUAGUAUGAUAUCUGCAGGUGACAAAGCGAAGUUAAUGAAAGAUGUUGGCGAAAAAGCAGGUAUGCCGCCUGCAGCUAUUAAUUUCUUAUUUGUCGUCGCCGAGAACGGGCGUUUGAAAUUGCUUAGACGAAUGAUAACUUUAUUUUCUACGGUCAUGGUGGCACAUCGCAAUGAAGCGCUAUGUGAAGUGAUUACUGCUAAGCCCCUUGACGACUCAACACGCAAAACUUUGAUGGAAGCUUUGAAGAAAUUUGUGAAGGGCAAGAAUAUUACACUGACGGAAAAAGUUGAUUCUUCAAUUAUUGGCGGCUUGAUAGUCGGUAUAGAAGACAAACACAUUGAUAUGAGCAUCUCAAGGAAGGUGCAAAUGUAUACAGAUCUUAUAAAACAGGCUGUUUAA